AUGCCGAGAGUAAGCAAAAUUUCGAGAGAAGACCGACAAAGUGGAAGCACUUAUUUUGUAGAUCAAAAAAAAAGGUUUAAUCCGAAUAAAAUAAUUAAAGAUGAGGCUACCACAAAAAGUGCUUCAUCGAAGAAAAUCAAAAAUGCCAGUGCAAGUGCACCAGAAGACGUUGAAAAACAUUACAGGAUCAUCGAUUUUUUGCUUGUUUUUUCAACCAUCGCAAGUUUAGUGAAAUGUGCUCAGUGUGAUAGUUCAAUUGAGUUCAAAAGCUGCAAAAAAGAAGGCCUUGGCUUCCAAAUCCAAGUCAAAUGUGCCAAUUGUGAUCCACACUUUAUACCGUCGAGUGAGAAAACUGGUCCUCGCUAUGAAAUCAACACUCGUUUUGCCUUUGUAAUGCGUAUAUUAGGUUUGGGUUUAGCAGGCUGCAAUAAAUUUUGCGGGCUCAUGGACAUGGCAAGUAGUUUUUUAUCUAAACCAUCUUAUUUGGAUUUCAUGAAAUCAAUUAGCUGCAGCAUCAAAACGACUGCUGAAAAAUUUCUUGCUUCCGCCGCAGAUGAAGAAAAACAGCAAACACAGUGGUACCAAGAACAUGUUGAAAAUGAUGAAUGCCAAGCCAAUCACACCGGACCAUCAGGUAAUAUGGAAGUUAAUGCUGUUAUCGAAUUGUUCGGCCGAUCAGUAAAAAAUUACGGAGCAAAGAUCAGCAACUAUAUCGGAGACGGUGACAGUAAAACUUACGGCGAUUUAGUGAAAGCUAAACCUUAUGGUAAAAAUUUCACUAUAAAUAAAGAAGAAUGUGUAGGUCACGUGCAAAAAAGGAUGCGUAAACGUCUACGUGAUCUAGUAAAUAAAACUGUAGAAAAUAAAGUUGUAAAAACCGGAAAAAAUGCUGGUAAAACAAGGCAAAGUAAGUUACUCGGCGGCAAAGGAAAGCUCACUGGAAAAGUCAUUGAUAAUUUGAGUCGAUACUACGGAUCAGCAAUCAGACAUAAUUGUGAUUCGCUGGAAGGAAUGAAAAAUGCAAUCUGGGCAACGUUCUACCACCAGCAGUCAACAGACGAUAACCCUCAACACCAUAAGUGCAUGAGCGAUGAGAACUCGUGGUGUCCAUAUCAAAAAGCUUUGGCCACAACAGGAGUGGAAAAUUUCAAACAUGACUACAUUUCACUUCCAGAAGAUGUCAUACAAGCGAUCAAACCGAUUUAUGAAGAUUUGAGUAAAGACGAACUUCUAGAAAGGUGUCUUGGAGGCUUUACUCAAAAUGCCAAUAAAAGUUUGAACCAGCUGAUUUGGAGAAUUGCACCGAAAAAAUUAUCUGGCAACAGACAAAUUGUUGAAUUUGCAUCUUAUGUAGCUGCAUGCACUUUCAAUGAAGGUGCUGGUGCUUUCCUAACUUUUCUGUGUGACAUAAACGUCAGCGUCGGCCCAAGCGCUAAUGAGUAUGCGACAUUCGCGGAAUAA